GACACGCACAUACAAACUCAUAAAUCUUAAACCCCCCCUCAUAUAUCAUAUAUAUAUAUGGAAUCUAACGACAUAAUCGCACCCUUUGUCCUGAAAACAUAUCAAAUGGUCAACGAUGUAUCUCUGGACGGUUAUAUCCGUUGGGGAUUAGGUAACAACAGCUUCAUCGUUGUCGAACCUCUCGAAUUCUCUCAACGCCUCUUGCCCGGUUUCUUCAAGCACAACAAUUUCUCCAGCUUCGUUCGCCAGCUAAACACUUAUGGGUUUAGAAAAGUGGAUCCUGAUAGAUGGGAAUUUGCGAAUGAAUGGUUUUUGAGAGGACAAACGCAUUUACUAAAGAAUAUUGGUCGAAAGAAACAAAUUCAUUCUCGAAAUAGCAUAAAUUUUAUGCGUUUGGAAGAAGACGAAGAUGAAGACAUGGCAAAUGAAAUUGUGAGAUUAAAACAAGAGCAAAAAGGACUAGAAAAAGAGCUAGUGGAAAUGAAUAAAAGGCUUGAAGCAACGGAGAAACGACCCGAACAAAUUAUGACCUUAUUACAUAAAGUAGCAGAGGAUCCGGAGAUCCUCCCACGAAUGAUGCUCGAUAAGAACCAACGUAUAAAACGAUUGGUGGAUAAAAAACGCCAAAGGAUUUUGAUUCCUUCCACGUCUUCCUCUCCCUCUUCAAGUAUGAAGUUUAAAGAGGAAGAGGAGUAUGGAAUUAUAGAAGGGUUCAUGAGUUCGUCACCAGAGGGAUAUUAUGGUGACGAACCAUUUUUAAUUUCAUCACCAUCCCCGACACCAGAGACACAGUCCAUGGCCAUGACGUGGCCACACACUAAAAUCUCUCGUGUUGGAAAUGAGUUUGACAUGGGAUCCGAAUCCAUAAAUAGAAUUAAUAUGUAUGUAAAUAAUUAUAAGGAUGGAAAUAGUACUGGUGGAUUUGAUAUAGAUUACUCCGGUGGGUUUCCACCGGGUAAUGAUGAUAGACUGCCACUGGUGUAUCCAUUUUCAUUGCUGGGUGGUGGAUUUUAGCUUCCUAGUUUUUUUAAUUAGCUAUUGAUAUUGUGAUUUUAUUUUUGUAUGAAUGCUAGAGAAUUGUGAUUUCAUUUUA